AUGCUCCAAAUUUUAGUUCUGUGCCAACUCUCCCGAAACGUUUGUGAAGGCUGCUCACGCGGUAGUAUCAAUUUGGGAUGUCCACAGAAAAUCGCCAAACAUGGGCACUAUGGAGCAUUUCUACAGGAUGAAUGGGACCUGAUUAGGAGCAUUGUUAAUCGAGCUGUUAAUGAGCUGGACAUACCAGUCACAUGUAAGAUACGUAUCUUCCCCGAUGUGGGACGAACUGUGUCGUACGCUAAGAUGCUUGAGGCCGCUGGAGCAUCCCUGCUCGUUGUGCAUGGUCGGACUAGAGAAAUGAAAGGCCAGCUGACCGGACUUGCUGAUUGGAAUCAAAUAAAAAGAGUCAAGGCGGAGCUCACCAUACCUGUGAUUUCCAACGGGAACAUUCAGUACCCAGAUGAUAUUGCUCGUUGUCUUUCAGUAACUAACGCAGACGCCGUCAUGAGUGCAGAAGGUCAUCUCCACAAUCCAGCCAUCUUCGCCGGAUUGCAACCUUCCGUGUACAGUAUGUGCAUGGAAUAUCUGGACAUUGUGAAACAGUAUCCAACAACCAUGCCGAUUGUCCGGGGGCAUAUAUUCAAACUGCUACAUCAUGCGUUGGUCGUACAUCCACACUUUCGCCAGACCGUCGGAUGUGCCCAGAAUUUGGAGGAAAUGCUGAGCAUUGUCCAAGAAAUGAGAGACGUUUGUUCGGCCUGCGAAUCGAAUGCCGAACAAAUAUCCCUACACCCUCACUGGAUCUGUCAGCCAUAUGAACGACCUAAGUUGGCAACAGGGAAAGAAGUUCCGAACUCCCCUAUUAACACCGCUGCAGCAAGCGCCGAUGCAAGCCAACCAUCUUACAGACAUAUUCUUCAGGAAGAGAGACGCAUCCGACGGGAAACGAAGAGAGAAGCAAAAUCACUGAAGCGAGCAUUGUCCGAAAAGGCCAGUUUGCUUUGCAAACAGUGCCGGAUUAAUCGUAGUAUUCUUCGUUUAGUGCACAACGCAUUCGUCGUAUGCCGCAUCGUGAGUGACGUUGAUCAACACCGAGUGCUCGGUCUCUUACUGUUUCGUGUAUGGCUACUGGUUCCUAUCUCCUAA